UUUGACAAGCAGCAGGUAAGGAAGGUUGUUAGAAGAAUGGGGAGGGAAGCUCGAGGAAGAUUAAUUGGUAUCGUACUCGAUGCUUUUCAUCCCGGCAAUGCCUCUCUCCAAAUGCUCCUACUCCAAAAGUACCUCAAAUCCACAUAUGAUGUGCUUGGUAAACUCUCACCUCCUUUCGCUCCUUGCGUCCUUUUAUGCUUUCCUAUAACUGACAUUGUCCUCCGGCUGUGCCUCGUCUCAAGGAAAUGGAACAAGAUGAUUCAUCAUUUCAUGCUCUGGCGGUACCAUUGUUAUGACCUUACCCGCACAGAUCCCAUGCCCAUUCAAGCGCCUUUGCCUUGUUCUGAAAGCCUGGACCUUUUUUGA